UAGAUGUAUACUAAACUCCACGUGUUGAAACUUUGAAGUGUACCACAUUAGAAGAUGAAUUUAGUGUGGUUGGUGCUAUUAUACCAGUCCAAUUGGAUUGCAGCAAGCUCACUCAGAAUCUGUCAAAUGGAAAUAAAAUAUCAGAGGCGGAUGCUACGAUUUCGUAGGUUUGUUUGUUGAUGGGAUUUCGGGAACUGCAUUCAAGCAAAACUAUUUUCACUUUCUAAGAACUAGAAGAUAUAUGCACACAUCUUUCAUAAAACAGAGUUUCUUAAAUUCAGUAAAGAAGAAGAAGAAGAAGAAAUGCCAUCAGGCAGGUUUUUUGGUUCAUUGUCAACACCAAGGGUUGAUUUUACAAUUGACACCGGCAAUCAUAUUCUGAAUCACACUAUAGAUGGUUUCUUGAAGAUUGGAACUGUUGCGGCUACGAGGUCAAUUGCAGAUGAUUCAUUUAAGGCCAUCAAUAGAGGGAAGAUAUCAAAACACUGUUUGGAGCACUCUGUCAAGAAGAUGUGCAAAGAGGGUGCUUAUUGGGGAACAGUAGCUGGAGUAUAUGUGGGAAUGGAGUAUGGGGUAGGGAGGAUCCGUGGCACAACGGACUGGAAGAACGCCAUGAUCGGAGGAGCCCUAACAGGGGCUGUCAUCUCGGCGGCCACCAACAAUGACAAAGAACGAAUUGUAUCCGAUGCACUCACAGGAGGUGCAAUUGCAACUGCCUCAGUGUUCCUGAACAACAUGUGAAAACAACAGCAAAACUGAUUUUGCUUAUUUUCUUGCACAUCAA